AUGGCUGAAUAUUGGAAAUCAACACCAAAAUACUGGUGCAAGCACUGUCAAAUCUACAUUCGCGACACCACAUUCGAAAAAACCCAACACGAAGCCACAGGCAAACACCAAGGAAACCUCAAGCGCUUCCUCCGAGACAUUCACCGCAACAAGGAACGCGAAGAAAGAGACAGCCAACGAACCAAAAAUGAAGUAGAGAGACUUCGAAACCUAGUGGGAGGAAAACCAGCUGGAGGAGAUGCGACACGAAACCGGCCUUCAGGAGCAGCAGCCCCAACAAACAACGGGCCAAGGCAAGCAAGCGCAGAAGAACGAAAGAAGCAAAUAGCGCAAUUAGCUGAAAUGGGCGUUGCGGUUCCGGAAGAAUAUAGAAGAGAAAUGGCACUUGCGGGAGACUGGGAGACGAUAUCGGUACGGAGGAUAACACCGGCCGAGCCUGGCAAGGACGACGCAGAAGCCAAAUUAAAUAUCGGCGUGCGGAAGCGAAAAUUGGAGAAUGAGGAAGAUGAAGAAGAGGCUCAAAUGAUCGCUCAACCUAGACAUAAAGGAUGGGGCAACACGACCCGAGAUUAUCCUGGAGCUGUCGGUGGUGAUGAUGAUGAUCUGGACGCACUUCUUAUGAAUACUACUACAGUCAAGAAGACAGAUGAUUCUGACUCGAAGAGGACAUUACAAUCAUUAAAGGCAGAGAACGAGGCAGAACUGGGGAAUGUUGAGAAAACGGAGAAAGAUCCGGACGACUCAGACCCGACCAAGAUAUUGAAAAAGGAGGAACCUGGCACAAAACAGUCGGUUGAGGCACCCCUACCACUAGCGAGUGAUCCUCCUGUGGUUUUCAAAAAACGUAAAAAUAAAGCUCCAAGACAAUGA